UGUCUGUGAACCCGUUCCGGUCAGUACAGCUGUAAAUAUCCCCUCAAGCGUAAAGUGGUAAACUGACCCGAGGUCAUGCUUGCUUGCAAAUAAUCAGUAGAGGGACGAGAGAACUGCUCUCGGAGUGAACAGCUGUGAUUUAAAUAGUGAGGUUGAAAAAAGUGUAGCAGCGGAUACCGAGUUUCCUUUUUAUGUUAAGAUAAAAUGAGUGGGACGUCGCCCAGGUAUAUCAAAUUGGCCUUGGCUUUUGGUUUUGGAGUCGCCACGGUCUAUUUCGUUAGCCAUUGGUACAGGGAUCCCUCAGUGUUCGGUCAAGAUACCGGCGCUGGCCCUCAGCAGCAACAGCGACAGCAGCAAAAGCCGAUUAAUAACAGACAAUCGAGUGGUCCGUCUCGUUCGUAUGUGUUGGCAACACAAGCAAGCGCACCAAUUCAGAAGAAACAAACCAAAUGUGGCGAAACCGACGAUGAUUUUAAGCUUGCGGGGAACGAAGGGGUCAAACCUUUGACAGAAAGAGUGGCCGCUAAAUUCAGGAGCAAGGACGCCUCCUGCUCAUAUUCAUAUAACUUUAAAGCGAAUACGCAACUCACUCCAGAGGAAACAAAGGGAAAACAAGAGUGUCUCCGGACUUGGGCCGCCGAUCACAAGAAAGGGGCUGGGGCAUUCUGGGCGGGGAACACCCAAUAUGUACGUCACACACAUCACACGUAUCUAAAUGCAGACAGUGUAGUGUUCGAUAUAGGCGGAAACAAGGGGGAAGACGCAGAUGCCAUGAUAAAAAAGUUCCAUCCGGGGAACUACGUCAUUUUGGAGCCGAUAAAGACUCUGUAUUCAAAUCUUGUCAAUAUGUUCAAAUCUGACAAUAAAAUAAUCUUAUACAACUUUGGCUUGGCAAGGAAAAACGACAAAGUCUAUGUCAAUGUAUUGGGUCACGGUGGUGAUGCGACAUCGAUUUUCGCCGGAAACGAUCACGGCGGAAAUUGUUUAUUGCGUCUCGUGAAUACUACUCACUUUCUCCUACAAAUGGGCGUGCCUUGUUACGAAGUUGACUUAAUCACUGUGAAUUGUGAAGGCUGUGAAUUCGAAAUCAUGGAGGAACUAAUAAACAGUGGAUUGAUUAACCAAUUUCGACACGUGCAAUUUGCCACCCACCCUACAUUAAAGCACCUUCAAAAACCAGCGGAAAGAUACUGUGAAAUACAGGAAAGGCUAAAACGUACACAUGUUGUUACAUAUCAGUAUAAAUGGUGCUGGGAGUCUUGGAAGAGAAAAGAUUUAAAGUGAAGAGAUCCCAGUGGUUAAUCAUGGGCAUUUCAAACGUUAUUGGGAUCAUACAGAUUCUAUGGAGGGUUGGGGGAGCUCAAGGUUGGGCCAGCCCCUGACCAAUAUUUUUUUUUCUUCAUGAUAUCAACGAACAUCUGAUUAUCUUUUAUUCUUACAUAUCCUUUAUUUAUAAUUUUGAAGAGUCCAAAUUAAUAUUACAUCAUACUACAAAUGCUACAACAAACUAUUCUGUUUGAGAAAUACUGUUCUCCAAUCCGUCUAUUUGGGUUGAAAUUCAGAUUUCUGGAACUUGAAAUCCGUAAUUUAUUUGGGGACCGGGAGAAAAGAAUGGGUUGAAACCUAUAUCGUGAAAUGUACAAACCUUGUCACGCAUUGUAAUUAAUUUUCAUAGUCUAUAACAUCAACAAAAAGUAUUUUGUGCAAAAUAAAUGAAUUUUGAUAGAGUGCUAAAAGGUUUUAAAAAACCUUUCAGCACUGUGCAUUUUGCAAGCUAAUGUGAAUGUGUGUAUGAUUUGAUGUUUUGGAUGCAAAGGUCAAAAGCAGUUUGUUUGCUGACAUUUUAUAAUUAUCGUUAUCCAUGUUUUAGUCACUGAUAAUCUUUGAACUCUUGAUGUGUGAUGUUUAAGCGAAAUCCAUAUAUUUUUCAUCAACGUAUUUACUACUACAUGUAUAUGAACGAACAGCAAAGCCAUAAAUGUUGCAAUAUUUAUACAUAAUGUCAGAGAGCAAAAUAUGAGAUUAAAAAAAAAUGCUGAAAAAAACCCAAACAUUCUAAAUUCAAGAAAACUUUAACUGUGACAUGUGCAUAGUACAUGUUCAUUAAAUAAUGUAAAGUGUAACGAAUCAUUGAAGUAAAUGUACGUUUGAAACCAGUACAUCGUUUCUCAACCACAAAAAGUUUUUGAGAUAAACAAAGUAAACAUCAUAUAAUCCAUAACUGCCUUAUAAUUAUAUGGGCGUGUUCAUUUGGAGGGUACAUUGAUUAUGUACUUUUUAAAGUACAUCGAUUAUUGAGUCUUUGAGAAUGAAAGUGCAUGUUUGAAUGGCAAUGUGACAUUGUGUUUGAAAGCAAUGAUUGUAGAUCGUGAAGUAUUUUGUCUUUAAAAUUGUCAUUUCUUUGUAAAAUAUUUGAUAUCUUUCUGUUUAGGAAGAGAGAACAAUAAAUUGCUCUAAAUAAA